UGUUAUUAUUGGCAAGAGCUUCCCCCAAUAAAGUGCAGAGCAGGAAAGGAUACGACUCAGUACGGAGAGCGUUUAAACGUAAAAAGAUCACUAGUCGAGUUCGACACCUUUUCAUCUCUAUUUACAAACCCGGGAGGGGACUUGAGUUGAGCUGAGAGCGCGCGAUGUACCCCGUUCACGUUCAAGUCCCUGGGCUCCAGUGCGCGCAGCACGCGCACUCCGCCGUCAGCAGCCCGGCAGAUGGAGGAGGUUCAUAAAACGGGAAAACUGUGCUCCGCUGGCACUGCGCGUUCGCACUUCGCACAGCACGCGCAGCUGCGCGGGUCCGCUCAGCCACCUUCCCUGCGCGCCGCUUAUUUAUUUCAUUUCAUUUUAAAGAAGUAGCCCAAGAAGAGCCUACGAAGCGGUGUAUGUUUUGAUAUAGGGUUGAACGAACUCGCGAACGCUGGACAGACAUCGUGUGUGGGCCCGGCAGAGCCGUGCCAUGCCUGCAGGUGCAGAACAGCCCGUGCCAGCGCUGACCUCCACGGGAAAUAACGUGUGCACGUGCGCUUGUCUCGCGGCGAUCGCUGGCGGAGACUCGACCCCUCCGACCCGCUUCGAACGCAGGGGGCAGGUUUGACCCACUCGGUGCGUCCGUUCGGCCGGGUCACGCGAUGGCAGGUGCGCUGCUGCCGCUGUGCGCGCUCGUUCUGCCGCUGGCGCGCGCCACCGCUGCGGUGCCCGACUGCCACGAAGUGCGCGCCUCCUUCCAGCUGCUGCACCCGCGCGGGAGGUGGGCUCCGGAGAGUCCCGUGUCAGGUGCGGACCUACAGGUGUGCCCCAGCAAAGGCCUGACCUGCUGCUCGCGCAAGAUGGAGGAGCGGUACCAGGUGGCGGCCCGACAGAACCUGGAGUCCAGCCUGCAGGUGGCCAGUGCCCAGCUCAAGCUGCUCAUUAUCCAGAACGCAGCUGUCUUCCAAGAGGCCUUCGAGAUGGUCCUGCGCCACGGGCGCAACGCCACCCUGAGGAUGCUGAGGGAGGAGUUUCCGGACCUGAGGGGCGGAGCCGACGGGGUCGUGGGCCAGCUCUUCUUGGACGCCUCGCUCUUCAUCCUGGGCUCUGACUCCCGGGUAGAUGACAUGGUGUCCUCCUUCUUCGGCCGGCUUUUCCUGUUGGCGUACCGCCGCCUCCUGGCGCCGGGCAGCUCCGGCGCCGCGGAGGAGUGCCUCCGCGGGGCCUGGAGGGAUGCGGGCGCCUUCGGGGCUCACCCUUCCCGGGUGGCGGCGAGGCUGUCCCGCUCUCUGCGCACCACCCGGGUCUUCCUGCAGGCGCUCAACCUGGGCAUCGAAGUGGUGAACACGACGGACCACCUGAGGCCAGGCCGGGACUGCGGGCGCGCCCUCGCCCGCCUCUGGUACUGUCCCCUGUGCCAGGGCGCGUCGGCCGCCCGGCCUUGUCCGGCCGCCUGCCUCGCCGCCGCGCAGGGCUGCUUGGGCGGGGCGGCCGAGGUGCAGCCUCACUGGCGGGGCUACGUGGAGGGCCUGGCGGCGCUCACGGGGGCCAUGAGGGGGGAGCACGACAUGGAGGCCGUCGUCAUGUGGCUGGAAACGCCCAUACGGCUGGCGCUCCGCCACGCCCUGUCCGGCCGGAGUCGCAUCGACACUGCGGUGUCCAGCGCUUGCUCCCGUACCGCUCAACGUGUCUCUCGCUCCGUGAGCGCCGCUCUCGAUCACGCGCCCCGGGCCGCGGAGACCCACGGCGUGCCGCUGCUGCCCUUCGACCCGGAAGAGACCCUGAGCGGCCGACGCAGGGACUUCAUCUCCAGUCUCAAGACCUUCGUUGGCUUCUUCGGAGGCCUGGGGGAAGCCCUGUGCGACCGGGAACCUGUGGCCCUCAACGACUCCUUCUGUUGGAAUGGGCAGGAAGUGACGGAGCGGUUUCCGUCUUCGGGUUCGAGGCGGGCGCAGCCACACAAUCCAGAGUCCAAGAUUAAAGUCCUGGAGCCAACCAUGAGCCAGAUCAUUGACAAACUCAAGCACAUCAACCAGCUGCUGCACCUAGUCACGGCGCCCGAGAGACGGUGGCAGGCGCAGUCGGGACGAGGAGCGGCGGAACGGGGCCGUGAGGUCCGUUGGGGAGAAGAGGGCUUGGAAAGCGGUGACUGCGAUGAUGAAGAUGAGUGCGGCGGGGCCUCGGGACUGGGGCCGCCCCCUCGACACAGGCGUCUGCGCAUAUUUGGAGAUCUCACGGAUAACUUGGCCAUGGACGGCUUCACCUUCCACGGUCACGUGCUGAUCCCUUCAGACGCGGAGGGAGGGGUAUCGGUGACCGGGGCUGCUGGGGGCCCUGUGUGUUCCGGGACGCCUUUCCCAGGAGCCGCAAUUCUCCUGACCACCGUCAUGUUCCUGUUUGGAUCUCACUGACUGCUCAAGUUGGAAAUUUAUAGCCGUUCUUCUUUUCCCCCGUAAUUAUUAGUGAAUUCAAGCAGCAAGUUCAGAAGGUCCGAGAGGUGGCAACCAUUGUUUCUUGACCUUGUGAAAAUGUGGGACCAUACAGUUUGAGAGCAGACCGAUUUUCCUAUCAUUUUUAUAGCCUUUGUGGAACAGUUGAAGGACUCAUUGUGGUUUCAGUAACAUCUUUCCCUGCUGUCAAUGAUGCUUCAGUUGUUGUCAAAAAGUGCUGUCGAUGGAUGAGAAGCACGACAUUCCUGGACUGUCUCUCACCCCCUUUUCAACUUGUAGAAGCACCUUCCAGAUUCCAUCUCCUCGUCCCGCGCGAGCGCUUUCAGGACUGCUCUCGUACCCGAGACUCUCAACACACAACGAAAAUGCAAACUUUGCUUUGAUAAGUAGACAGACUGGAAGAGAACAUCUGACCCCUUUCUGCUGUGUGAUGGAGAAAUGACCAUGGAAUAAGAACUUGUAGCUCUUAUGGGUCUUCACACACACCUCUGUCUCCUUGACUCCGUUUGCAAGCCAAGGGCUCCGUCAAACACAGGGCGGAAGGCAAAACGCGGCAACAGCUGGACAUCCAACUUGUUUCUGACAUGGCUGAAAAGAUUUUUAAACGUGCGACGUGCUCAUUUCGGUGAUUGACGAGGUGGACAGUGAAUCGGCCUUUCCGUCCCCUCUGCAUCUGAGUGGGUUUAGGACUUUAUUGAGAUCAGUGUUAUGUGCGCAUAGUAAUCAGGUAGUGUAAAUUGUUUUGCACUAUAUGCAUUAUUGUAUUUUGUAUUACAUGUGACAUCUGGGUAAACCAGCGACCACGGUCUGUUAGAACUGUUCGCUAACUGCUCGGCCGUGUUUGUAUAAGUGGAUGGGCUAAUGGGGUGCAUGUGCAUGCAGCUGUGUUUUUUCAGGAAUGUUCACUGAGGUCUUGUGCAUAACCUAGUACUAACAGUGUAUUUUCCUCUGGUAAAUCUCAGUCUGUUCUGUCAGUUUCACUCUAGCGUUUACUCACACAAGAAGAGCUUUUUGCUUCGGCGAAGGAGAGAAUGUCAACAAACCGAGAUUAAAGAAAACAUUUCUGACUCUGAAUUUGUUAUUUUCUCAUUGUACUUCGAGACAUCCUGGAAGAAGAAUCAACUAGCGGAGAGACUGCAGGAUGCUGCUUAGUGCGAAUUAGUAAGAGCUCACAGAUUCCCAUUUAUCCAGUCCUGAACAUGUAAGUGAGCACCGUGUUCCUUUGCUCAGAGGUGUCCAGCGAUGCUUUGCAACAGCCUCCAGGGUUUUCUUGCAUCACAGCACUCGUCUGGCUAAUAGCAUUAUCAUCUGGACAGAAAAUGUGAUAAUCGUUUCGACAGGGGGGAAAAGAAAAAAAUCACGUAUCCUUACAGAUGAAAUGGGCCGCCAGUUGCGUUGGGUUCCUCUGAGCAUGAGCACAAUGGCUCGUAACUUUUCACCCGCAGUCUUUGCAUAUCCUGUGAACUGAAGAAUUGUGA